AUAUUUUGACACAGAAUUCAACUGCCUCGUUGCGGACAAAUGAUAGACAAUUAUUAAUCCGUUGGUGGAAAUGCUAAGGGUGCGUGGUUCUCGGAAUUGCACGGUUGGGGUUAAUGUUUUAUGAACGUCCAUUUUCAUCGACGAGAUACCAACAAUAUUCCAAUCAAUUUGAUAAUGGAAUACUUGAUGAUUCUUAUUAAUUGUGGUUGGCAGUAUUGCGGUGUUAAAGUCGUAUGGAAGACAGCAUUUUCCACAAAUCAAUCUUAAAAACUUUGAAAAUCCUUCAGACUUCAUAACGACCAUGCACCUAAAAAUAAAUCCGGAGUUGUUCACCUGUGACCCUUGAAACAAGUAAUCUUACGGGCGAUUCUUAAAUGUAAGAAGUCAACGGUGUCUUAAAAAAAUUUUUUUUUAAAUCCCUCGUGUCAUUGAGAGACAAAUGUAUAUGUGCCAAAAACACAAUAUAUGUGGAUUUUCGUCGGGGGAAUCACCAAUGCCGUCCGUUCGCCAUCGCGAGGCAGUUGAGGCGCAAGCUUCGUCGCGCUCAGACAUAUCUCGCACGCGUGUCCGUUCUCGAGGGUUGACCGAAGCAGUCAGGGUGGUGAAACCCAUAUUUCACUGACGGAAUAAUCCAUCCAUCGAACCUUGAGUAUGUCUGUGCCUUCCCUCCCUAGUGAAACGUCAAAUUCCACGUGCCUCAGUCCCCAAAAAAUGUGAAAAUCCGGCCUUCUCUCAUCAAUCCUCGCCAAAAGUCAUCAAAAUGCCGAGGAAAAUUGGCUUUAGCAUUGUGUACGCAACGAGUGAGGAGGAACGCCACUCGUCAUUAGAAUUGAAUAUUCAUGGGCCGACGGUGAGGGGCUGGCAGAGUGCGAGAAAAUGUGGAUAUCCGCAGGAGCUCAUUCUGAGGCUCCAUGGGCGAGCAAAACUCACGAGAAUUCAAGUACUUGCUCAUCAAUACCUCAUCCCCGAAAAAUUAGAGAUCUGGACCACUGAGGAGAACAAUGCUUCAAUCAACACGUCAUUCACCUACCUCGGCUACAUAACGCUAUCCAAUAACGAGUCAACACUAUACAAGAGCAGGGAAUUGAAGAGUGUUGCACUCCCAGAGACAGAGGCACUCUCGAUAAAACUGAGGCUCCACAAACCACAUCAGAAUUCCCACAAUAUUCAGGAGCAAGUGGGCUUGAUAGCUGUGAACAUCAUAGGUGAGCCUUAUGGACACGAGCUCGGUGGUCCGGGCGAUGUUCCCUACAAUCCUCAUUACACGUCCCCCUACGAUGAUCUGGCAUUCGAGAUGUACGUCGACAGGGAAGUUGCGAAAAUCAUUAGGCAGAUGGAAGCUAAGAAACUUCAAGCAGCUGAAGAAGAAAGAUUCGAAUAUGCGUCAAAACUAAAAGUCGCUAUGGAGAUUCUCCGCAAGGCAGGGGAGCGUUUGGGCAAAUACGAGCUUGAGAAAAAAUAUGCAAUUGCAUUGGAGGACUACGACAAAGCGAAAGCCAAGAAAGCCCAGGCCCAGCAGUACAGAGAGCAGGUAUACCAAAGUUUAGAAGUAGAAGACUUAUUGGAGCUGAAUGGUCCACUGGAAAAAAAUAACAUUUCAACAGUAGAGGGUAAGGAAGCAACAGCAGGUGAUGCCUGCACCUCAUCAGUGUCAGUUCCCGAGGACAUUCUGUCCCCUCCGAGGCUGAUGGUCCCGCUAGGCCGAGAGGGAGCUGUUUCUCCCGCGGCCCCAGUCCAUCAGCCCCCGGUUUCCCCUCUCCACCAGAAGCCUCAGACUCCUGAGAUCACUGAGAGCCCUCCAAAUGGUGUCAUUGAACGCCAGAACAAUCGUAACACAGGAUCCUUGAGGAGAAAAGCAAAAUCCGCGGGGCCUUCCCUCAGAUCCAGCUACGAGGCGUACGAGGAACGAACAAUUCCUGCCCUUAGGCAUUCCCAUACCAAUGAAUUCACAAGGGAGUGCCACGGGGAUAGUACUGACUCUAAAGUCAACUCGAAACUUAAUGACAGGGAGAAAAAACAGGCUGCACUGCCCAUUGCCGUUUUUGGCAUGGAAAUGGUGGAGAAGUUCUACUCGAAACAAUUCACUGAUAAGGAGGAGGGGCUCAUGCAGCUGAAGGAGGAACUCAGGAAGUUUGAUAUUCAGGUAUCCAAGCACACACCUAAUAAAACAGCCAGGGCGGCUAUUCUCCUGCUGCACAGGGCUCUAAGGGACAAGGUCUUCAGUGUUUAUAGUCUGGCUGCUCAAUUGAUUAGGAUUUUCUUCUCGGAAUUUGCUACUGACAGGGUAUCUGCAGCAGAAAUAGCCCGAAGUGUCGAUCGUUUGCUGCCUGAACUCCUGACAAAAUCAGGAGACACAACGCCGAGAAUUCACAAUAUGGCUGUUCAUACGAUCCUGAGCAUGGCCGAUUGCAAGUGCGUCAGAGAGCUACACAUCAUUCCCGUUCAUCUAAGUCGACCCGUGAGCAGCAGCACCCAUCAGAGGCUUGCUCUCAGUCGACUGGAGAUGGUGGAACAAUUGAUUCUGAAUCAUGGGAUCUCGACUGAUAAGCAGAGGCAUUGCGAUUGUUGCAGCGGUCUCACCUGUCGUACGUUAUCCGAACUCGGUUCUUCAGGGCUUCAUCAUCCGGCUGAGGCUGUAAGAAAAGUCUCUGAACGUAUUCUAGUAUUGGUUUACAAAGUCAACCCUAGAUUAGUUCGGAAACAGCUACCACCUGACGAUGACAUCACGCGGAGGAAUCUCUUAUAUCGUCAAUUAUUCCACGAGUUCGAUUUAAUUGAUCUCCAGAGGAAAAAAGAGUUGGAGUCUGUGCCAAAGACAACAGCAACGCCAACUCGAUCGAAAUCCAUGGAUACGAGUGGCUCGAAUGCUUCAAAAUCACCGAAGAACAGUCCAGGGAUCAGUACAGAGAACUCAACGAGUGUCACAUCACCUUCUGAUAGUAGUGGUGAUCAUAAGGGUGACAAAUUGUGUAUUUUUUGUUUAUCCAAGGGACAGGCUUACUCAGAAGAGGGCUUGAAUAUUCACUACUGGAGGAGCUGUCCCAUGUUGACUAGGUGUGAGUCAUGCAAACAAGUUGUUGAAGUUUCUUAUCUGAAUGCACAUUUGUUGAGUGAAUGUGAUAGGAGAAAUAAUUACGUUAAAUGCGACACGUGUAAACUAGCGGUUCUGGAGACGUGCUUCGAGGAACAUUCCAAGGAUGAUAAAUGCACAAAACCAAUUGAAGGAUAUGAUCGGUGUCCCCUCUGUCACAGUCUAGUCAAUCAAAAUAAGUGGAGAGAGCACCUGAUGGGAGAAAAUCCGUGCACGAAUAAUCCUCGAAAUAAACCAACAAAAUCAUGUACAAAAUCUCCGUCAAAAACUCAAAAUCUCAGUGGAAAACUAACCUCGCCAACUGGAAGAGAUUACUAGAUAUUGUCCCCCCAACUUUUAGGUGGUUCUCAUUUGAAUAUUUUUUUUUCGUCCUGUUUAUUUAACAGUUUAUGUACUUGUUACCUUGUGUAACGUUUUUACAUAUUUAUACGAGAUAGUAAAACCCGUCCUUUAGGAGUGAUAGCUAAUCAUGGAGAAUUACAGGAUGUAUCACGUGAAAUUGAAGUGAAAUUCAAUGAGAAACUGCAAAUGCUCUAGGUAGAAUGAAAAUGACAUUGUAUGGUAGCUAGGCAGUGAAUUAAAGUGAUAUUUUAACAUGGAUACAUUAUUUUAUAGUCUAAAUUUCUGUGUCAAUGUUGAAGUAUGCGAAAUUAAAAUUCAGGUAAUGACACAAUAAAACAUAAAUUACAUUUGGAGAAUUGAACGAUGGUAAGAAACAAAUUGAAAUACCUCUGUAUCCGACCAUAAACUGACUAAACUCAUCUGCACUAUCAAUAAGCUUCAUAGGAUAAUCCAACGAGAGAAAAUAAAUAAAAAACAAAUUCAACUGUAGUUUUCUAUUAUCAUAAAAAUACAAAAUUGAACAAUAGAUUAUUGAAGAGUUUGCUUCCCUCUUUCAAUAUUUCAGAGCUAUGAAAACGUCAGAAUUUAUAUCAUCUCAGCUACAGUAUCCUCCUCUGUACCGUCAGUUAUUUCCUUGUCUAUGGAAUUCUCGUCCUCACCUUCUAUCGUUUUUAUUGCGUUUCGAUUCUCCUCAAAUUUGUUUUUCUCUGGAAUUCCAAAUUGAAAUACUGAUUUAUUCAAAAUUUUAAAAUUCAAGUUCUGAAACCGUUUACAUGUAUU